CUCGUGUUCUUUGUAAACAUGACAUGAACGUUGGCGAUCGUGGACGUGCCGACGGCCUGCAUUGCUUCUGGAAAAUACGAGAUAUCAUGGGGAACUGCUUGACAAACCACCCAGCUGCAGAGCUGAAGUAGAUGUAUGCCAGACAACAAAGAGAAAUCGGGCCUGGUGUGAAGGGUGAAGAGAGAAGUGGCAGAAACCAGAACCCGAACUGUCCGUGAUAAGCCUUUUGCAUCACUGGGAGGUGUUAGCACUACAACACUAGAUUUUGCAGUUGCAUGAGUGAACGCUGGACUUUCUUGUUACUAAGCUCAGCUUCUGGCAAGGCAGUUUGAGUCUAGUGUUCAUUCAUCACCCAGGCAGUCAUAGGAUAUGCAAAUCCGGAGUAACCGUUCAUAAAGAAUAUCCUGGCUUAAUCUGCACAGCAAUUAGGGAACAGUUAGGAUGGAACUUUCAGUUCUAUUGUCGAUGUUCUACGUGUUUUUAGUAAAGGCCACUCAUGCGGCUAUAUUCUCGGACAAGUGGGCAGUUAACAUUAUAGGUGGUGAACAAGUAGCCAAGGAUCUAGCUAGAAAGCAUGGCUUCAUUUACUUAGCUCCGAUAAUGCCGGACUAUUAUCAUUUCCAACACAGAAAGGUGGCGAAACGAUCUAUAACGUCUAGCAGCCAUCGACACCAUAGCCUGCGUAGGCAAAGUGAGGUGUUGUGGCUGGAGCAGCAAGUGAUAAAAAGACGGGUGAAACGAGAUUACUCAUCAGUCAUUCCAUACAGCAACGUCGUCGAGAAUCUAAUUCCUCCCAACGAUCCCCAGUGGCGGAAGCAGUGGUAUCUGCAUAGGGGAGGCAACUUGGACAUUCGUGUGAAGGGUGCGUGGGAGAUGGGCUACACGGGCAAGAACGUGGUGGUUACCAUACUGGACGAUGGCAUCGAGAAAGACCAUCCUGACCUCGCCAUAAACUACGAUGCUCGCGCAAGCUACGAUGUUAACAACCAUGAUAACAACCCCAUGCCGAGAUACGACGAGAAAAAUGAAAAUAAACAUGGAACGCGGUGCGCAGGCGAGGUGGCAGCUGCAGCCAACAACAGCGUGUGUAUCGUCGGAGUUGCCUACGACGCCUUCAUUGGAGGUGUGCGCAUGUUGGAUGGGGAUGUCACUGACGCUGUGGAGGCGAUGUCUCUCAGCUACAACCCGCAGCACAUUGACAUCUACAGCGCUAGCUGGGGGCCUGACGACGACGGCAAGACAGCCGACGGACCGGCCAGGCUCGCGCGCAAGGCCUUCCUCAACGGAAUCACCAACGGCCGUGGAGGUUUAGGGUCUGUGUUUGUGUGGGCAUCGGGCAAUGGAGGCAGACAGCGAGAUAACUGCAACUGUGAUGGCUACACGAACAGCAUCUACACUCUCUCAAUCAGCAGUGUGACGGAAAAAGGAAAUGUACCAUGGUACUCGGAGGCAUGCUCAUCUACCUUAGCAACGACUUACAGCAGUGGGUCUAGUGAUGAGCGCCAAAUUGUGACAACAGAUCUCCAUAAGUCUUGCACUACGCAGCAUACAGGGACGUCAGCAUCUGCUCCUCUGGCUGCUGGUAUCGUGGCUCUUACUCUGCAGGCCAAUUCCAGGCUGUCGUGGCGUGAUCUUCAGCACAUUGUUGUACGGACAGCAAAUCCCACAUACCUAACCUCUGAUGACUGGGUCGUAAAUGGUGUUGGCAGAAAAGUCAGUCAUUCCUUUGGAUAUGGCUUAAUGGAUGCAACAGCUAUGGUGCAGCAAGCCUUGAACUGGACGAAUGUGCCAUCACAACAACGGUGUGAGGUGCCAGCCAUAUCUGCAAGGUCAAAAAUCAGACCGUUUGAUUUCAUACGGGUGACGAUUGACACGAAUGGCUGUGAUGGAAUGCACAAUCAUGUUCAAUAUCUGGAACACGUAAUGGCAAAGAUUAGUCUCACUGCAGCAUAUGACAUGAUGUACAACAUUGACAUCACAUGA